AUGAAGCAAGAAAUCAAGCAGUUCACUGAUGUACAAACAGCGGAAUCUGAAUUUCUCCCAUAUGUUGCACCUGAGAUUCUAAGUGGUCAACUGUAUGAUAUGAAAAGCUCUUAUGAAUAUCUUCCUGUGAACUUCUCUGAGGAUCUGCAUGAGCUGAUAAAAGACACCCUUCAGGUUAAGCCAGCGGACCGUCCGUCUGUCAGUGAGAUCCUAAAGAGGCCUUUUAUCAUCAAACACCUUAACAAAAUGAGCAAACAAACUAUAGAAGAGCUUAAUAAGUACUUCAACACAACAGUCGGCAGUCUUGCGGGAGGAGUGAUAGGACUGGUUGGAGGAAUCUUAUCUGUGGUGGGACUUAUUUUGACUCCAUUCACACUCGGAGCAUCUCUGAUAGUGACAGGAGUGGGAGUCGGUGUAGCAACUGCUGGUGGAGUAACAGCUGGAGUGAGCAACGUGACAAAGAUAGUUAAUCAGCGUUCAAACCGGCAAAAUGUCAAAAUGCUAAUAACAAUGAUACAAGAAAAAAUUACGUCCACAAGUUGCUGCAUCCAAAACAUACAAAUAGCAGUUGGCACUAAACUUAAAGAGUUUCCUGAAAGCGAUCAACCACAGUCAAAUGCACAGUCUGGGAAAAACAGUGAUAAACAGACUUUGGCAAGUGGAGCUCGACUUGGACGAGGACUGGCAGGAAUCUCAGAGCUUGCCCGUUUAGUUGAAGUCGCAUCAGUUGGGAAAGUUGCAGCUCAGACUGCAAGAGUUGCUCGUGUAGCUGAAGUGGCUACUGGAGUUUUAUCUGGACUGUUCAUAGCUGUUGACGUCUUCUUUAUUGCUCUCGACGCCAAAGAAAUUCACGACCUCCGCCAAGAUACAGCUUCAAGUGAGGCUCAACAAGAACCAGAAAAUGCAGCAUCAAAUAGAGGUCAAAGCCCAGAGACAACUAAUGACACGUCUGAACAGAGCAAGACAAAGAAUCUGACAAACACAAAGAAAACAGAGCAAGAGCUGCGGACUGAGAUCAUGAAAUUUGUAAAAACAAUAAGGGAGACUGAGAAAGAGCUGAGCAACAUUCUUGAUGAAUUAAGAGAAGAGCUGCAAGAACUACAACCAAAAAUACCAAACUCAUAUGAUGAUGAUGAUGAGCUGAUGAUGAUGAUGAACAGGAGUCGCCUGUCCUUUCAGUAAAGGGUUACCAUGUAUCUUG